UGUAAUUCCGCCGCAAAUUCAGCCAUAAAGCCCAUCAACGACAUCAACACACACAUCGCCCCCAGAGUCACUUUUCGCUCAGACACGUUUGCUGCACACGCAUAGCAGCACAUCCAAUCCAAGCACACAUCCAGUUCAACGCACCCACCUCUUCAGCUUACACCCACAGCCUGCGUCUCCAACCGCGCGAAGCAAACCAGCGUCAGGUCAUCACACCCUGCCGGUUCUGCAUCUAUCCUUCACACAGCUUGACCUCGGACCUGUGUAAUCGUCGAAGAAGAUGAUCGGAGUGGGGAUCAAUGGCUUCGGCAGGAUCGGGAGGAUGGUGUUCAGGGCAUGCUACGCCAAGGAGGGCGUAAACGUGGUGGCGGUGAACGACCCCUUCAUGGACAUCGACUACAUGCGGUACCUUCUGAUGCACGACUCCGUACACGGCAAGUUCCCGGGCACCGUCGAGGUGAGCGAUGGCAACCUGGUGGUGGACGGCGUUACAAUCACCGUUUUCACGUCGAAGGACCCUGCCGACAUCCCGUGGGCCAGCAAGGGGGCGGAGUACGUGUGCGAGUCCACCGGGGUGUUCACCACGACGGAGAAGGCCAAGGCUCACAUCGACGGCGGCGCGAAGAAGGUGUUCAUCUCUGCCCCGCCCAAGGACGACUCUCCGAUGUACGUGAUGGGGGUGAACCACGAAGAUUACGAGAAGGGGGGCGCGGACGUCAUGUCUAACGCGUCGUGCACCACGAACUGCCUCGCGCCUGUCACGAAGGUUUUGAACGACAACUUCGGCAUCGUGGAAGGGCUUAUGACGACGGUGCACGCGAUGACUAUCAACCAGCUCACCGUCGACGGUCCCUCGAAGGGCGGCAAGGACUGGCGCGCGGGUCGAUGCGCGUCUGCCAACGUCAUCCCGUCCUCCACCGGUGCCGCUAAGGCGGUCGGCAAGGUCAUCCCCGCGAUGGCCGGCAAGCUCACCGGCAUGGCGUUCAGGGUCCCGGUGCCAAACGUGUCGGUGGUGGACCUGACCGUCAAGCUUGCCACGGAAACGACUUACGAAGAGAUCUGCGCCAAGAUGAAGGAAGCUUCCGACGGGAGCAUGAAGGGCGUUCUCGGAUACGAGGACAACGACGUGGUUAGCCAGGACUUCGUUCACGACCCCCGCUCCUCGGUUUUCGACUCCAAGGCAGGCAUCAUGCUCAACCCCACCUUCGUUAAGAUCGUCUCCUGGUAUGACAACGAGUGGGGCUACAGCAACAGGCUCGUAGACCUCAUGCUGCACGUUGCCAAGGUGGAGAGCUCCUGAUUCGUUCAGCGGAGCUCCCUUGAUCCGUUCCGCGGAGCCCCGUGAUCUGUUUCGCGACGGAGGUGCCGGUCCACGUUUUUUUUGCUUGCCCCAAAUCUAGACGCGGUUCGGUGUUGCUAGCAUUUCCCUACUCGCAACGGUUGUGGUCUGAUUGUUGUCGUUUUUCGUAUGCACACGGUACGUGUUUCCCGGUGCUGUAGAGGUGGGACGGGUCGGACCCGUGGUAAAUAGUUGGGUGGGAUGGGAUAGGAUCAACACGGGGAAUAUUCGCGAAUCAGGCAGAAGGUCAUGCCGUGCUUCCUUGGACGAAGCGGUGCAAGUUUUGGAUGGUGGCGGGACACAUUACGCCGCGCACGCGGGGGGGGAGGAGGGGGGGGAGUAUCGUGGUUUCUGCGACGUACUUUUAAGUUGAGCGUAGGGUCACAACUGCUGUCCCCCGCGGCUACGUUGUCCUCAUGACUAGUUGCCCACAGCUGACGAGCGUUUCUCGAACGUUCUCCGAGUGCCGUACUACGUAGACUUGAUUGCUGGCGUAGCUUGCUCCUCUGGCCUGUGUAUUGUUUUUGAAUUUUUGAGAGAAGAGUGCCAUUUCUCGCACCUAUGCGUCCGCCACAGGGCCUCGCUGCUGCAGCAGCGGGCCGUUUACAUGGCAUUGUGUCGUUACAGACGUCAAGCAGCUUCAGCACUGGGGCCGCUGCUUCUUCUUGCCAUCAUCAUCAAGUCAUCAUGCAUGGCGAAGCACUGACCUUCGCACCCUCAGCAAAGCCGCUAUCGACAACCAGCCGCGCUUUACAGCUACAGUACUACAAUCUCUUUCGACGUUCGAUAGUAGUAGCGCGUGAAGUCAGUUGUGUGUGUCGGCGGAAAUCGUGUCGUCCACCUUCUCACUUGAGAAAAGAGAGCAGCAUAGGUUUGUGCCUGUGCUGCUUGGCUGCCAGAACGGAGGCGAGGCGACAACGACGGACAUUAUACUCACUACUCACCCAACGCAAUCCGAGAUAGAUCCCGCGUGUGCGAUUUUUGCACAACAAACAAAUACCCUCCACAAAAGUCGCCUCUGUGAGGGUUCCUGUCGCCCCUGCCCCCCGUCCCCACAAACUAGAUAUGGCUUCAUCCAAUCAAGAGUCAUCCCUUCGUCGUAGAACUUCAAUCUCCUAAUCCCCUUACCUCCUGAUGCUCAUUGUAGAUGGGGAAGCACACACAUGCAUCCAUACCUGAGGGCACUAGUACAAAGCAACACAUGCUACAGUGUCUGCAUAAUGAGAAUUAUGAGAAGACAUCGUGAUCACGGCCAAACCCCCCCCCAAUACAAACUAAACGCAAGAUCGCUCAUAUUCCACGUCCGUCAAGCAUACACACAUUUGACACAUUGGCAAACCAAACAGAAUACCGCUGUUUAAACCUCAAUGCUUUGAUGGUGCGUGCGGCCUUCUUGCUCCCAUAGCCAGGUCACGUUGCACGCACCCCAUGAGGCAAGAAAGGUGUGGAGCAACACACCAACAAACAACUACUCACAACUACUCCGAGUGAAUUAAAGACUACUGCUGUGACACCCCAGCUGGUACGCCAAACACGUGGACUAGGCCGAAGGUGAAUAGACUGGCACCAGAAAAAAUUUCAAUGUCAAGACAAUAAUAUCAGUAACAACGUUAACAACCAGAAACGAUGACACACAACACGAGGCAGUUUUCGGGAAGUCUCGUCCCCCACUGGCCAAGACAACCUCCCCUCCAAGUAACUUGAUGAACGAUGUCUUGAUAGAUAGAAAAGAAACAGACAUGUAUUGCGUACCGUUGGUUGCCGGGGUGGCAACUAUUUCGUUUACCCGGACCCCUACCUUACAAAAUGAAGGGAAACAUCAGUUUCUAACACCACGCGUCAUUUUUGAAUGGCGAGAGAUGCCAUAGACCAAGACAAACCAAGGUGGGCAAGGCCCGGAAACAAAACUUUCCGCAACUGCGCUUGCUUCCAGUCAGAGAACAGUCUUGGAACACCCCACCCAACAAAGGUACGGACAAAAAGCAUUCUGCUUCGAAACAUACACCGUCUGCUUAUUUCUUCUCGGAAAAGUUGCUGUCAUUGGUCAAGUACUCUCGAGGCAGUUACACAGU